AUGAGCGGGUUGAAUACCGUUCCAGAUAAUAUCAACUUCGCUAGCGAAGAGAAAAAAAUUGCUCAAAAAUGGAAAGAUGAGGACACUUUCAUGAAAUCUGUGGAGUGAGUUUGAGUUUUCCUUGAAAUUUCCUCCCAGAAAUAUAGUUGAACAUCGACUAAAUGAUAUUUUCAUGUUUUUUGAGCAAAUGAUUUGAAAUAUUGUGUUCUAAUGUUAUUGAUAUGAUAGAAUGGUCUAAGACGAACAGAAUGAUAUAAAUUUUGAUGACUUUACGUUAUCCAUAAGUGAUUUAGCGAGGUUUAGUCGAUAAGUCGCUGAAUCACUUAUGGAUAACGUAAAGUCAUCAAAAUUUAUAUGAUUCUGUUCGUCUUAGACCAUUCUAUCAUAUGAAUAACAUUAGAACCCAAUAUUCCAACUCAUUUGCUUAAAAAACAUGAAAAUGUCAUUUACAAGGAAUAGUUCUAAAAAUUACCCCUGAAAAAAGUUGUUUCUAUGCGGAAGUAAUACUAUCUGGUGAGGUAAGAAAAACCCCAAGUGGAUUUUGCAUGCAAAAAUUUCUUUCCCUAAUUUCGGGGGUUGGUUUUCACAAAAAAAGAAGAAAAACCAAGCAUCUUUGGGAGCCUGGAUACCCGACAAUUUUAACAUGUUAAUAUACGUAACUUUUUGCGUAGAGUUCGAAAAAAACAAGCAUUUUUUAAAAAAUUUCAAAAAAAACUCAAAAAAAGUUUUUUUAAGUAUUCUAGUGUCGAUUUUCGAACUCAACGCAAAAAGUUACGUAUCUUAACAUGUUAAAAUCGUCCGGUAUCCAUUCUCCCAAAGAUGCUGGAAAUCGGUUUUUUGUUCUUAUUUUUGUGAAAAUAAAACCCCCGAAACUAGUAAAAGAAAUUUCUGCAUGCAAAAUCCACUUGGGCUUUUUCUUACCUCACCAGAUAGUAUAACUUCCGCAACUUUUUUCAAGGGGGAACAUACAUCAGUUUCUCCCGGUCAGGGCCUCAAAAUUAGCCACCCCCGAAAUGUGAAAAUACAAAAAUUAGCCAGACCCCCUCAAAAAAUAGAGAAAAAAACUUGGUUUUUUCAAAAAGUUAGCCGGUCCCCACCCCUUUUUUCCAAAGUUAGCCAGGCCCCCUCCGGACGAAAAUCCGGGGAUACUGAUGUAUGAGGGGGAAUUUUCGGGAACUAUUCCUUGUAAAUGAUAUUUUCAUGUUUUUUAAGCAAGUGAUUUGAAAUAUAGGGUUUUAAUGUUAUUCAUAUGAUAGAAUGGUCUAAGACGAACAGAAUGAUAUAAAUUUUGAUGAAUUUACGUUAUCAUAAGUGAUUUAGCGACGUUUAGUCGAUAAGGUCGCUAAAUCACUUGAGGAUAACGUAAAGUCAUCAAAAUUUAUAUCAUUCUGUUCGUCUUAGACCAUUCUAUCAUAUGAAUAACAUUAGAACCCAAUAUUUCAACUCAUUUUCCUAAAAAACCUAAAAAUGUCAUUCCAAUUUCAGACUCUCCAAAGAUCGUCCUCGAUUCACAUUUUACGAUGGUCCACCAUUUGCAACUGGUCUUCCACAUUAUGGCCAUAUGUUAACAAGCACAAUCAAAGAUGUUGUUGGUCGUUGGGCUCAUCAAAAUGGACAUUAUGUUGAAAGACGUUUCGGAUGGGAUACUCAUGGUUUACCAGUUGAAUUUGAGAUCGACAAAAUGCUUGGGAUUACCGGACCAAGUGAUGUUCAUAAAAUGGGAAUCGCUAAUUAUAAUGCGGAAUGUCGAAAGAUUGUGAUGCGAUAUUCGCAAGAAUGGGAAGUUACAAUGGGAAGACUCGGAAGAUGGGUUGAUUUCAAAAAUGAUUAUAAAACUCUUUAUCCAUGGUUUAUGGAAUCUGUCUGGUGGGCAUUUAGUGAAUUACACAAGAAAGGAUUGGUCUAUAGAGGUGUUAAGGUUAUGCCUUAUUCAACUGGUUGUUCGACACCUCUUUCGAACUUUGAAGCUGGUCAAAAUUACAAGGAUGUUGUAGAUCCGGCGGUUUUUGUUGGAUUCCGAACGGUUGAGAAUCCCAAUCGUCUUUUGGUUGCAUGGACAACGACGCCUUGGACACUCCCAUCGAAUUUGGCGCUUGUAGUUCAUCCAGAAAUGCAAUAUGUUGUUGCGAGGAUAAAACAACUGCCAUUGAAUAUGUUGUGCUGGAAGAGCGACUUGGUGAACUGAAAAAUGAGAAUUUGGAAAUCAUCGAGAAAUUGACUGGAAAACAAUUAGAGGGCAUUAAAUAUGAGCCACUUUUCCCAUAUUUCCGCGAGCAACCAAAUGCUUUUCGAGUUUUGAAUGACACUUUUGUCACAUCGGAUUCUGGUACUGGAAUUGUUCAUCAAGCUCCAUAUUUUGGAGAAAUCGAUUUUCAAGUUUGUGUGAACAAUGGGGUUAUUGCGAGAGAUCAGAAGAUGAUUUGCCCGGUUGAUGAGAAAGGAAAAUAUACAGCGGAAGUGAAGGAAUUCGAAGGUGUUUAUGUGAAAGAUGCGGAUAAAUUGAUUAUGAAAAAAUUGAAGGAAAUGGGAAAUCUUGUUAGACAGGCGGAAUGUCGACAUUCUUAUCCAUUCUGCUGGCGAUCGGAUACACCAUUGCUUUAUAAAGCGGUUCCAUCUUGGUUUAUUCGAGUGGAGACUUUGGUGCCGAAAUUGUUGGCGAAUAAUGAUGAAACUUAUUGGUAUGUUGAUUAUUUUUAUAAAUAUCUUGAAAAUUCUGAUUUUCAGGGUUCCAUCAUUUGUGAAAGACAAGAGAUUCGCAAAUUGGUUGCGUGAUGCAAGAGAUUGGGCAGUUUCAAGAAAUCGUUUCUGGGGAACACCAAUCAAUCUUUGGACAAGUGAAGAUGGUGAAGAAGUUGUUGCGAUUUCAAGCAUUGCUGAACUUGAAGAACUUUCUGGUCAGAAAAUCACGGAUUUGCAUAGAGAAAGGUAUUUUUCUAGAUUAUUAAUGGAUCGUGAAAAGUGAAAAAUGCGAAAAAUCAAAGAAGAUAUUGUGCAAACGCGAAUUUUCCGGUAUUUUUCGAGCCAAAAUGAAAAGAAAUUUAAAAGUUUUCUUGAAAUUGUGUUUUUAAUGAUAAUGAAGGGAAAAGUAGUUUUAAAAAACUGAAAUUCCAAGAAUUCUUGUUUCACCAUUGAUUUUUCCUUCAAUAUCAAUAAAAACUUCAAAAUUUCAAGCAAAACCUUUCAAUUUCUAUUCAUUUUGGCUCGAAAAACACCGGAAAAUGCGAUUUCUGCAACAAAAAAGUUUUUUGCACGAUAUUUUCUUUGAUUUUUCGCAUCACGAAAUAAAAACAACGUUUUUUAACGUUAAAAAAACCAAAAAAAUGAUUCACGAACGGUAUUUUUAUUCAUUUUUUCACCAUUUUCUUAACACAUUGAAUAAAGUGAAGCUAAAACGCAUUUUAGUCUUUAGAAAUGCUAUUUCAAGACCUUCUAAUCAGCCUAAAAGACAAAUCAAGCCUCACAUAUCCCAAAAAAUCAACAAUUUGAUUUUGAAAGCUUGAUUUGUCUUUUAAACUCAUUAGAAGCUCUUGAAAUAGCAUUUCUGAACACUAAAAUGCGUUUUAGCUUCACUUUAUUCAAUGUGUUGAGAAAAUGGUGAAAAAAAUGAAUAAAAAUACCGUUUGUGAAUCACUUUUUCGUGUUUUUUAACGUUAAAAACGUUUAAACGUUUUUAAAAAAAAAUUACUGCACAAAAGUUUUUUGCUUCAAAUCUGAUUUUUCAGCGUUGAUAAUAUCACAAUCCCUUCAAAAUCUGGAAAAGGAGUUCUCCGCCGUGUUUCGGAAGUUUUCGAUUGCUGGUUUGAAUCCGGCUCAAUGCCAUACGCCCAGAACCAUUAUCCAUUCGAGAAUCGCAAAACAUUCGAAGACAAUUUCCCGGCCGAUUUCAUCGCCGAAGGCAUCGAUCAAACUCGCGGCUGGUUCUACACACUUCUCGUUCUCUCAACAGCGCUCUUCAAUAAACCGCCAUUCAAAAAUCUGAUUUGCAACGGUCUGGUUUUGGCGGCGGAUGGACAGAAAAUGUCGAAGAGUAAGAAGAAUUAUCCGGAUCCGAUUGGAAUUAUCGAGAAGUAUGGAGCCGAUGCGUUGAGAUUGUAUUUGAUCAAUUCGCCGGUUGUGAGAGGAGAGAAUUUGAGAUUCAGAGAAGAAGGAGUGAGGGAUUUGUUGAAGGAUGUUUUCUUGCCGUGGUUUAAUGCCUAUCGAUUCUUUGUUCAAAAUGUUCAAUUAUAUGAACAUGUAAGUUUUACAAGGGGAAUUUGACAACUUGAAAUCGAGAAAUCCAAAAUUUCUAUAAUUUAUUGUCAAAUAUUUUUUUUUCCAAUUAAAUUUUUCGAAAAUUUCAGUUUGAAAUUGGAAAAUGCUCAAAAUUUGGUUGAAAAUUCAGAAAAAAUAUCGAUUGAUCAGAAAUCUGCAUGAAAAACUUGAAAAUCUACAUUUCUAAUGAACUUUGAGCUCAAAAUUGCUCUUUUCGGUACAAAAUUGAGAAAUUAGAUGUUCUUUGAUCCAGAAACUUUUAAAAAAUUCAAUUUUCGUCCAGAAAAUCUGAAAUAUUCAGUUUCAGACAAAUCUAGACUGAAAAUUCGAUUUUUUCAAAAACCCAAAAAUAAUACGUUUCAAAAUUUUGAUAUAAUUGAUUGUAAAAUAUUUUUUUCAAUUAAAUUUUUACUGAUAAAUUGAAUAAAUAAAGACCAAAAUUUCAGUUUGAAAUUGGAAAAUUAAUCAAAUUUUGAUUUUUCAGCCUCGAAAUCCACAAUUUUCCAGAAAAUCUGAAAUAUUUAAUUUUUCUGCUUAAAUUCUUAUUUUCAGACAAAUUUAGACUGAAAAUUCGAAUUUUUCAAAAACCAAAAAAUAAUACGUUUCAAAAUUUUGAUAUAAUUUAUUGUCAAAUAUUUUUUUCAAUUAAAUUCUUUUCCAAUAAAUGGAAUAAAAAAACCAAAAUUUCAGUUUGAGAUUGGAAAAUUAAUUAAAUUUUGAUUUUCAAGCCUCGAAAUCCACAAUUUUCCAGAAAAUCUGAAAUAUUCAGUUUUUCUGCUCAAAUUCUUAUUUUCAGACAAAUUUAGACUAAAAAUUCGAAUUUUUUCAAAACCCAAAAAUAAUACGUUUCAAAAUUUUGAUUUGGUUUUUUGUCAAAUAUUUUUUACAAUUAAAUUUUUACUGAUGAAUUGAAUAAAUAAAAACCAAAAUUUCAGUUUGAAAUUGGAAAAUUCAUUAAAUUUUGAUUUUUCAGCCACAGUUUUCCAGAAAAUCUGAAAUAUUCAUUUUUUCUGGGCAAAUUCUUAUUUUCAGACAAAUUUGGACUGAAAAUUUGAAUUUUUCAAAAACCAAAAAAAUACGUUUCAAAAUUUUGAUAUAAUUUAUUGUCAAAUAUUUUUUUCAAUUUAAUUUGUCCAAAAUUUCAGUUUGAAAUUGGAAAAUGCUCAAAAUUUAGUUAAAAAUUCAGAAAAAAUUAAGGAUUAGUGAAAUUUUGAUUUUUCUGUAUCGAAAUCCACCAUUUUCAUGGUUUUUGGCUCAAAAUGGAUAUUUGUAUGGAAACUUUUUUGGGGCAGAAAAUAAUGUAGAGAAAAACUUCAGAAUUUUGAUUUUUGUCAGAUUUUUUGAAAAAAAAAAUUACCAAAACAGUGAAUUUGAAGAUUUACUAAAUUAUAUUUCCCAGGAAAAAUCCAUAAAUUUUGCAGGAAACCGGCAACACUUUCGAAAUGAACAAUUUCAAAACCAGCGAUAAUGUAAUGGAUAAAUGGGUCGAAUCAUUCACAAAUAGUUUGGUUUCAUUUGUCCGCAAAGAAAUGGACGCCUAUCGUCUUUAUGCUGUUGUUGGUCCUCUAACCAAAUUCUUCGACACUCUUACCAAUAUCUAUAUUCGAUUGAAUCGUAAACGUAUCAAAGGAGAUCUUGGACUCGAAGAUCAACAAAAUGCAUUAGGAGCACUUGGAAGAGUUAUCACUUUAAUUGUCCGAUUAAUGGCUCCAUUCACACCAUUCUUCUCUGAAUAUAUGUAUCAAAAUUUGAAAAAAGUUAUCGGAACAAAAGAGGAAUCUGUUCACUUUUUGUUGCUACCAAAAGCUGAUGAAAAUGUGAUUGAUGAGACUGUGGAAAGAAGAGUUGAAGCGAUGAGAAAUGUUAUUGAUUUGGUUAGAUUGGUGAGAGAUCGUGAAGGAAUUGCGGUGAAAUAUCCAUUGAAAGAGAUGAUUGUUAUUAACAGGGAUUCGCAAUAUUUGGAGGAUGUUAAGAGUUUGGAAGCUUAUGUUCUUUUGGAGUUGAAUGUUCGGAAAUUGACUGUUUCGCAGGAUAAGAAUAAAUAUGGAAUUUCGUUGAAGGUACGGUGUAUUUUGAUAUAAAAAUAUGAAUCGGGCUAAUUUUAUUAACCAAAAAUGAUAAAUUUUUUGAGCUUUUUGGAUGAUUUCUGAUGAAAAUUGACCUUGGAAUCCGUUUUUUUAAAAGAAGUUUUGCUAAUUUUUUUCUGAAAAGUGAAUUUUCAUCAGAAAUCACCCCAAAAGCUUAAAAAUCCUCGAUUUCUCAUCAUUUUUGGCUGAAAUCUCGAAAAACUAAAGGGAUCCCCAAAAAGUGGGAAAGUUCUGGAUUUUUAUGAAAUCCGUGGAAAAAACUGAUUCACGAACGAAAAAAAUGUCGAAAAACAAAAUUGUAGGUCAAAAUUAGUUCUUCGAGUUUUUUUUCAGCUAAAAAUGAUGGAAAAGCGAUAAUUUUCAAGCUUCUGGGGUGAUUUCUGAUGAAAAAUCAGCAAAAACUUCUGAAAAGUGGAUUCCAAGGUCAAUUUUCAUCAGAAAUCACCCAAAAAGCUUAAAAAUCCUCGAUUUCUUAUCAUUUUUGGCUGAAAAUCUCGAAAAACUAAAGUAAAUCAACCCUAAUCAAAAAUAAUUAGGGUUGAUUCACGAAAAGUCAAAAUUAGUUCUUCGCGAAGUUUUUCAACCAAAAAUGAUGGAAAAUCGAAAAUUUUCAAGCUUCUGGGGGAUUUCUGAUGGAAAACUGCUGAAAAUUGGAUUCCAAGGUCAAUUUUCAACAGAAAUCACCUCAAAAGCUUAAAAAUCCGCGAUUUGUCAUCAUUUUUGGCUGAAAACCUCGAAAAACUAUAGUUAUCUCCAAAAAAUGGGAAAGUUUUGGACUUUUUGAUAAAACUCGGUGAAAAAAACUGAUUCACAAGCGAAAAAAAUGUCGAAAAAAAAUUUUACGUCAAAGUUAGUUCUUCGAGGAGUUUUUCAACCAAAAAUUAUGGAAAAUCGAAAAUUUUUGAAGCUUCUGGGGUGAUUUCUGAUGAAAAUUGACCUUGGAAUCCACUUUUUUUAAGUUUUUGCUGAUUUUUCGUGAUGAACUUAGAAAAAUCAGCGAAAACUUCUGAAAAGUUGAUUCCAAGGUCAAUUUUCAUCAGAAAUCACCCCAAAAGCUUAAAAAUCUUUGAUUUUCCAUCAUUUUCGGCUGAAAACCUCGAAAAACUAAAGUAAAUCAACCCUAAUCAAUAAUAAAUAGAGCUUAUUCACGAAAAGUCAAAAUUAGUUCUUCGAGGAUUUUUUCAACCAAAAAUGAUGGAAAAGCGAAAAUUUUCAAGCUUCUGGGGUGAUUUCUGAUGAAAAAUCAGCAAAAACUUCUGAAAUUUGGAUUCCAAAGUCAAUUUUCAUCAGAAAUCACCCCAAAAGCUUAAAAAUCCUCGAUUUCUCAUCAUUUUCGGCUGAAAAUCUCAGCCAAAAAAAAUAUGACUAAAAAUCAUGGAAAAUCAUAAAUUUUUGAAGCUUCUGGGUUGAUUUCUGAUGAAAAUUGACCUUGGAAUCCGUUUUUAGAAGUUUUUGCUGAUUUUUCAUCAGAAAUCACCCCAAUAGCUUAAAAAUCCUCGAUUUGUCAUCAUUUUCAGCCUCGAAAAACCAAAUUUAAUAAUUUUAGGCUGAACCAAACUUCAAAUUGCUCGGUGCCCGGCUCAAAGGAGAGCAAAAGAAGGUGGCUGAUUAUUUGAAAAAUAAAAUAAGCGAAGCCGAACUCGAAAAAUUCCUCGCCGAUGGAAAAUUGACUGUUCUCGGACACGAAUUAUCAUCGGAAGAAGUUGCUGUAAGUUAUGCGAGUGGAGGAGAUUCGGCAACUCACGGAUACAAAACACAUUCGGAUGCCAAAACUAUUGUUAUGGUUGACACAACAGAAGAUGAAUCAUUGGUUGAAGAAGGAUUGUGUAGAGAAGUGACGAAUCGUAUUCAAAGAUUGAGAAAACAGGCGAAACUUGUGUCAACUGAUGUUGCAUUUGUGAAUUUGUUGGUGACACCGGAGAAUUCGCAAUUGGCGCAAGUUGUUGCGGCGAAUUUGGCGAAUAUUGAAGCGGCGACUGGAACACCGGUUAAAAUUGGAAAACCCGCGGAUGGAAAGCCACCGACUGCGACUAAUAAGAGUGCUGUUAAAGAUGCGGAAGUUGAGGUUGGUUUUUUGUUAGAUUUUGGGGGAGAUUUGUCGUCAACGCGGAGUCUCGUUGUUUUUUUCAUUUUUUUUGGGGGGGGGGGGGGGGUGGUAAUUUACAUGGAAAAAAGAAAGAAAACAACGAGACUCCGCGUUGACGACAAAAAUUUGCAUUUUUAGUUAAAAUUCGUCUCAAAAUCGCUUUGAAAAUUGAAAUUUUCUGUGCUUUCCCAAAAAAAGAUGACAAAAAUAUCAAUUUUGUCAAAAAAAAACCUACAGUAAUCCAUUUGCAUUUUGGAUUACUGUAGGAUUGCUCAUUUUGAUUUAAAAAAUUGACCAAAAUAAAAAAUCGAGAUUUCUGAAGCUUCUGGAGUGAUUUCUAAUGAAAAUUGACCUUUUCAGAAGUUUUUGCUAAUUUUUCGUAAAAAAAAAUUCGAAUUUCGAAAAAGUAAUAUUUUUCAUUAGAAGCGUGCGUGGUUUGAUUUUUUUUAAUUUUUUCGCAAAUUUUUUGAUUUAGAUCUUUUGCCUGAAAAAUUGGGAACAUUCCAAUUUUUGAAAAAAAAAACCAUUUUUUUUUUGGAGAAAAUGUUUUGAAAUGUUUUUUAAAACAUUUUUGGAGUUUUUCCAGUCAAAAAUGAUACAAAUCGAGAUUUUUGAAGCUUCUGGAGUGAUUUCUUAUGAAAAUAUUAACUUUUUUCAUCAAAAUUUGAAUUUUUUACGAAAAAUUAGCAAAAACUUCUGAAAAGCUAAAUUUUCAUCAGAAAUCUCGAUUUUUUUAUUUUGGCCAUUUUUUUGAAUCAAAAUGAGCAAUCCUAAAACUACAGUAAUCCAAACUGCAAAUGGAUUACUGUAGGUUUUUUUUUUUCAGUUUUUCGACAAAAAUUGAUAUUUUUGUCAGUUUUUUUUGGGAAAGCACAAAAAUUUUAAAAUUUUCAAAAAUUUUUCGAAAACAAAAAAAAAAUACGUUUCAAAAUUUUUUGAAAAAUUAAAAACUGAAAUUAUCAUAAAAUUCAAGAACUAUUUUUCUGAAAAAAAUUUUUCUGAAAUUUUCAGCUCUGGCUGUUUGCCGAAGGAGAUUCAUUCGAUGGAAUCACUAUUUUGGAUGGCUCAAAAAAGGUUCGAGUUCAAAUCGAAGCCGGAAACGAAAAAUUGAACACUUUUGCUGAUUUGUUGUAUCAUGUAAGAAAUUUUUUAAUUUUUUUUCAAGUUUCAAAAAGAAAAAUGUGUGUUUCCAGAUCCGAUCAUCUCUCGAUUUGUGGAAUGGUAAAAUCAGCCUCAAAAAUAGCGAUGGUUCUGCAGUUGUCCCAACUUCUAAUCUUUCUUCUUUCUCUGGCAAAACUCUUCAAUUGGUUAAGUAG